CACCAACUUCGAGCCAUCAAUUGUCGACCCCCCCUGCACCGUCAUCUGAACCCCGCAAUAUAACAUUUCACAGCAAAUAGAGGGCACUGCUUCCUCCGACCGAUUUGACUUGUCGACUGUUACGCGCGACAAAGUAAAAUAAGAAAAAUCGAAGGGUCGGUCAAACAGACGGUCGUAUUUUGCUCUCUGUCCUUGGCCCAUUCUUACUACCAUAGCCUCCACUGUGAGCUCCGAACCUUGCAGCAAGGACCAAGUCGCCGCUGCUUCGUGUGUGGGCCCUUUACCUAUCCAUACCAGAGCCUUCCACCCUCCAUCACUCGAGCCUGCCGAGCCUCGUCCACACACCCACAACCCUGGCACGCGCCAACUCGCCGGCAUCCCACCUGCAACUACAGAUCCGUGUCGUCACCUUUCAUCCCGCAAACCAGCAUCAUCUCCACCGCCGCCCGCCCGCCCGCUCCGACCGUCGCGAGCCUGCUCAAACGCCUGACCGCUACCCAGAGCUAGGCAUCACUUAAACUCAAAAAAGCACCCUCGUCAUCGUCUCGUAGAGUGAGGGGCCGCCUCUCACCUACAUCCAAUCCACGACAACAUGGUUGAAGCGGACACGAACUCUCCAACAUGGAAGUUCACACAAUGUUUCGGCGAUAAGGGCGACGUGGAGGAUAUCACGGAAGGCAAGCAUUUAUCUGAUAUCAUUUCAACUGUCGAAUUCGAUCACACCGGUAACUACCUGGCUACAGGAGACAAGGGAGGCCGAGUAGUGCUCUUCGAGCGCAAUGAGACUAAAAAAACAUGCGAAUAUAAAUUUCAUACCGAAUUCCAAUCGCACGAACCAGAGUUCGAUUACCUGAAGUCGCUAGAGAUUGAGGAAAAGAUCAACAAGAUAAAGUGGUGUCGCCGCCAGAACGCUUCACACUACCUGCUCUCCACCAAUGACAAGACGAUUAAGCUCUGGAAGGUUUUCGAAAAGUCACUUAAGGUUGUGGCAGAGAACAACCUGUCGCACGACCUAACGCCGGCCAAUAUCGCAGGAGGUGGAGGAGCUCCCCGGCCGCCACCAGCUUCGACGUUCAGGAAUGCCGCCGACCUGAAGCUACCACGCCUUACACACCACGACACAGUCGUCGCCGCCGUACCCCGCAGAACGUACGCCAACGCACAUGCCUAUCACAUCAACAGCAUAUCUGUGAACAGUGAUGGCGAGACCUUUAUCAGCAGCGACGACCUUCGCAUAAACCUCUGGAAUUUGAACAUCCAGGAGCAGAGCUUCAAUAUCGUCGACAUCAAGCCUGCCAACAUGGAGGAGCUGACUGAGGUCAUUACAGCAGCAGAGUUUCACCCCGCGAGCUGCAAUGUGUUCAUGUAUGCUAGCUCCAAGGGAACCAUCAAGUUGGCUGAUAUGCGGGAGAGCGCCUUGUGCGACCAACACGCGAAGAUGUUUGAGCAAGAGGAGGAUCCGUCAUCGAGGUCCUUCUUCUCGGAGAUUAUCUCUUCGAUAUCAGAUGUGCGAUUUUCAUAUGAUGGCCGCUAUGUUCUCUCGAGGGACUACCUGACCGUCAAGAUUUGGGACGUCAACAUGGAAAAGCAACCGGUCAAGACGAUUCCAAUUCACGAACACCUCCGGCCUAGGUUGUGUGACACUUAUGAGAACGAUAGCAUCUUUGACAAGUUCGAGGUCGUUUUCUCGGGUGACGCGAAGAACGUGAUGACUGGCAGCUACAACAACAACUUCAUGAUUUACCCGUCUGACCCCGAGAAGGAGACAGAGGUUGUGCUUCAGGCGGACAAAUCUGCCUUCAAGGCGAAGAAGGUUGGGGUUCCAACACCAAUCAACUCGUCGACAAGCCCAACGGCGAACGGGGGCAAGAAGGGCGGGUCACGCGCCGGAAGCCCUGCUGCGGGUGGCCAAGGGCAAAGGAUGAGGAAAGAGACGGACGCGGACCAGAUUGACUUUAACAAGAAGAUCCUACACAUGAGCUGGCAUCCCUUCGAGGACAGCAUUGCGAUUGCAGCUACUAACAAUCUCUUUGUCUUUUCGGCUCUGUAGAAGGCUCGUCUAGAUUCUGCAUGUUUGGGUGGCACAUCUGGAAAGGAAAGGUGAAUCGAGCGAGGAAGACCACGAUCAAACCCGAUUAUGGCAACUAUCGUGCCAAGGUCAGGGUCUCUCAGAGUAUUGGUUGCAUUGAUUGGCAAUGUCAAUACUCGGAUGAAGAUGAAAUGAUGUUGAUGUCAACUGUGGAAGGAAAGAGCAGAAUUGUGGAAGAGCACAUAGACCCAAAGAGAAGAUACCAUAACUCGGAAAGUGUCUCAUCUUUGUUAUGUCUAGACUGAUUUGCUGCUACUUCCUCCGCUACAGACACUGAGAAUUGUUCUAGUCCACAGGGGUGGAUGAAGACACAGCCAAGAACCAGAGGAUGUGGCUACGAGGUCGGGCAACCCACCAUUGGUCAGUGAGAGGAAACAGGGGAAGAAGAAAGAUGAAAGACGACAAAGACAAAAGAAUUGAUUAAGUGCAUUUUUAGGUGAAUAUAUAACCUAUAUAUGAACCGCAGAGUUGUUAUUACAGCAUUGCAAGUAGAGUUUAACCAACCUCAACUUUCAGUCGGA